AUGAGCCCAAACAACAAUUCCGGUUUCAAGGUCGAGCCUUUCGACGGCUUGAACAAUGGGUUGUGGAGUUACAAGAUGAAGAUGCACCUGAUGUCGAAGGGGCUGUGGGGCGCGAUCGCGGGCGAUGAUACAACAAGUGAGGCCAAGGAACAGCAAGCCCACGCCGCGAUCGUGCUUAAUUUGAGCGACUCGCAGUUGAUGCAUUUCAUCGACUCGGACACGGCAAGAGAAGCGUGGGGACAUUUGGCGCGAUUUCAUCACAGUCAUGACAUGGCGAAUCGACUUUGGCUGAAGGAAAAAUUCGCCUCGUUCAAGUAUGCAGCAUCAAGCAUGAGCGGUCAUGUGAUGGAGCUGGAGGACCAUGUGAUGAAGAUGAAGCGCGCAAACUGUGGUGAAAGUGAAGAGGACGUGUGCGCGGUACUGUUGCGGAGUCUACCUUCAAGCUCCGAGAGCUUGGUACAGGUAUUCCGCACGUCCGUCGUUUACUUCAGUUUUAGUGACCUCGUGAGCAAGCUGUUUGCCGAAGAAGUGCGCCAGAAGGAGGCUGCACAAGUAGAAGAUGCAACGGCUCUCUACACAGCCAAGAGGAGGGGCAUGCAUUACCCAAAGAAGCAGCAAGAACGGCGCGCGAAGGGACCAUCAGGGACCUGCUAUGACUGUGGCAAAGUUGGACACUACACCAGAGAUUGUCGCUUCAAUCGACGGCCAAGGGAUCAAUAG